AUGCGGUCAAACUACAGCCAUCUCGCGAGCGUUUACCGUUACUGUGUGAAAACUCUACGGACUUCCUCUGCCAUAUUUCACUACCUCGACGACCCAGCACGGUCGCCGGAACACGACGUAUUGCUGAGCUGGGCGCUGGAGGACACGUCGCCGCAUUCCCUCGGGGAUUCCCUCAUCGCCGUCAGAGCUGGCUGGAUGGGCAAGGACUGCUCUCUCCUGUACCCCGAGUGCCCCUUGCAGCCUGACCCGCACCCAGCAGCCAAGGAGGCCAUCACCUUCUUCUCGAGGUUACAGUUUGCUGCUACACAGGCACCCUCAGGGUCUCGGCCAGUUCCUUCAGGCACUCGUCCCGAUUCUUCUGAGAACCAGUCAUUUCCUUCAGGACCUCGACCAUUGCUGUCUGGUCCUCGCCCAUCCCCGUCUGGCCCUCGCCCAUCCCCGUCUGGCCCUCGCCCAUCCCCGUCUGGUCCUCGCCCAUCCCCGUCUGGUCCUCGCCCAACUUCCUUUGGAAGCCGCCCACAUGCAUCAGGCUCUGGAUCAUCCCACGAAUCCAUGUCUAACAACAUCCACGACCGCAUGGAUGAAAUCUCCCAGGACAGAGGGGACUUCCGCCCUACCACAUCCACACCACACUACAACCAAGACCAUCUCCUAGCAACCAAUUCCCCACGCCCUGGUCACAACUACCGCUUCCCUGAACACGAGGGCUCGCAACAACACCCUUAUCCCAACAAUGAGGCAAAUGACCAAGACCCAGCAGCCACUGUGCAGGCCUAUUACAACAGAUAUGGGGGCCAGGGUCCAAUGACGGUUCCAGGUUCUGACUACAGCUCUAAGUACGGCCAGGUGGACGAGUCUGAGCAGGGGGGGAAUGCAAACAAUGGCCAACUGUAUGAAAAAUACGACAGUCCCGACUCAGGCUCAGCAGCCGGAGAGAUCUCCGAAUCAAACAGUGUGUCCGGCAUGGCUCUCCAAGAUCGACCAACUGGGAACAACCCUCAGGUGUGGGAAAAAUUCUUUAAGGCUGGACUCUAUGGCGCAAAUGUCUACCGCACACAGGCUCCAAACCAAAAGGAGUCUUCAAAUGAUGACCAAGAUCCCAGCAAACCCACUCGAUUCCCCAUGCCACCGAAGCGUCAACCCCCCUCACCGAGCCUCAACAAGAUGGGAACAGCAAUGCUCACCGACAAGCCUGCAUUCCACAGUUUCCCAGGCUAUUCAAACUUCAUGAAGAACAGCAACAGUAACAAAGGUCCCUCUAAGCCCAGGCCAACGAGGCGUCCAUACUUCGCACUAAGACCCAACCACAUGAACUCUCCGACAACAAGAAUACCUUCCAAUGGUCCUCCCUCUUCGGCACUACCACACACUAAGAAGUACAAGUAUGGAUUGAGACGGGGCCUCCCAGCAGGUAAUGUCAACGGAUACAAUGCUUACAUCAAUAACAGAGGAAACCUGUACCAACGCCAGAAGCCAUGGUACGCAUACACCACCCAUCCUCAAGGGUCUAUGGCAUCAGCGAAUAUUGCAUCCACCACUACAACUACAACGACUACCACAACAACGACACCUAAUCCUCUGGCCUCGAAAGAUGUUGCUCCUUUUGGCCCAGAGGAUGCAGUGACAGAUGUUCUACGGAACGAACUGCUAUUUGAGUACAUCCGUGAUCGGCAAGGUUCGAUUCCCAUUGAGGAUAAGCGGAGUCUGACUUAGCGUAUAAACAAUGUAAUAUGCUGAGCAGAACGAAACACAGCUUGUUCUGCUUAAUGAAAACUAAUUUUUAGUGUAGAUGUAACUUGCUUGUAACACUGUUCUGGAUGUAAAACUAACAAAAAAAUAAUUGAAAACUGAAAGUGCAGUUAUAGUAAGUAUGGCCAACUGUUCACUAUGACUAUACAAUGUGACAGAGACAUUUAGACGACCUACUUACUUUAUCUGUGGACGUGUGAAGUUGAAGGCAAAAUAUGUGAACUGAAGUGACCUAUAAUUUUUUUUUUCUUAGCAUGGGAAGACAAUUGACAGUCAGUACGAGCCACGAAGGACAAAGACAAAACUGAUAACAGGGCAAUGAGUGUUUGUAACCGUAUAAUUGACACAUGACAAAAAAGUUGGGAUUUGCUUUAACAAUAUCGUGAAUCCUACUGUUACCAGAUCCUGAUAACAGAUACUAAAAAUAUCUACAGCAUAUUCUAUGUGGUGCCAAUUCUGCUUCAUUGCUACACUUCAAAAAAAAUUUCAAGAAGGUAUAAUUGGAAAAAAUUAGGGCAGUCUAUAUAUACUUGGAUUUGGUCACAAUUACUUUUCCAUUAUCUGUGAAAAUUUUGUAGAUUUCAAAACAAGUGCAAAUCAACAGGUUUAGUGUGAAGGACAGACGUUAGACAAUUUUUUUUAUUUCUUUUUUUAUUGUAGUCACAUCCAUAAUACUGAAGGAAACUUUGUGUAAAUUUGUGUGUAUGUAGGCUUUAGUCACAGCAAGAAAAGGUCAAUUUAUUUAGGAAAUCUAAUAUAGUUUGUGGGGAAUCUGAUACAGUUAGAUUUACAACAAGACCAUACCCCUAUGGGGUUUAUUUUCUUGCACUGGCUGUGUUUACUCUCACUCUUUUACAUAUUUCUGUGUUUGUGUGUUUGUUAUUGUGUGUGCAUGUAUGUGUGUAUGUAUGCAUGUGGGUAGCUAUGACUCGAAGCCAUACAUGUGCAAUGAUGGGUCUGGUUUCAUUAUCGCAGCAAGGAAUUCAAUAUGCCAAUAACACUCCUUGAAAAUACCCCACCACAAAUAGGUGAUAAAGCAAAGCUCAAGCAUCAACCUAUUGGGGCAAAAUUCUCUCCAUGAAAGCUAUUGAAAUUCCAUUCACAAUUUCCAUCAAUCAGCAAACAGUUCUAUCCAUGCAAUCGGGAUAAGCUUUUGUGACCCACAUCAUUAUUGGUGAGAAUUACCCCUCAUGGCUACCCCACAUGUCUCUCCCAAGGUCUUGUUUCAUUCUUACGGAGGUAAGAUGCACAUAUGACCUCAACGCACUAUGAUUUAGGAACCAUUAUUAGCUUACACUAGUGUGUCUCAGACUAGAAUAAGCUAGACAUAAUAAAUUUGUUCCAAUGUGUGAUAUCACCACUUCCUUGAAAGGGCAUUCAGUUAUUUAUUGUAAUAAAGUUUGUUAAAAACUUUUUGCCAUGUUUGAUUAUCCUUAUGAUGGCAGACACCAAUAACCAGUUUCCCAAUUAUGUGCUUGAGAGGUCGUUAGUGAUGACUGGCUUAAUUGAAUAUACUUAAAUAAUAUCUUCAUAUUUCCAGGAAUUACAAUUACCAAUCUACUGAUUAUUAUCACUAACUUGUCAAAUCAUCACCGGUCAUCCAGGUAUUACACAGCAACAAAAAUACAACAUUUUGUAUUCAUGGGAUGAAUUGGUGUUAAGUAUUAAUCACAAAAUAAGCUGGAUAUUCGAAUCCUAGGUUGGGGAGGAGGGAGGGGAAUAAAUUUAAAAAGAAAGGAAAAUAUACGGAAGAUUAGAUACAUCACAUAUAUCAGGGGUGGCCAACCUUUUGCGAGAUAUGAUCUACUUUUUCUACAUUUACCCUGAUGUGAUCUACCAGCCUAAGAUUCAGACAUAUUCCAUUAAUGUAAAUGUAAUAGUGUAACAUCUUACGAUUCCUGUCUACUGGUCAGUUUCCGCCAAUCCCCCCCCAGGCUUAAAGGAUGCAUGAUAACACAGGAGUAGUCUGUCUUUAUAAAUAAUUGUAUGUUGUUCAGACAUGUACAUCAUUAUAAAUAUAAAUGUAACUUAUUCCCAGAAAAAAAUAUAUAUAUUAAUCCAAGUAUCAUGAGUACUUGGAUAUGCUAUUGCAGCUAUUUGCAUGACAACAUCUGAAGGACAAAUUUUUAACAGAUACAGGAGUGUGAUCGACUUAAGACAGGCUUGGCCAACCCAGACAUAUAUUCAAAACUGGGAAAAAAUUUCAUACUCAACAAAUUUUUUCCACUGGAGAAAGAGAAAAAUAACAUGUGAAUAUUAUUUCUGUCUAUACAUUAUGGGAUUCCAUAAUUUCAGUUCAGUAACAACGAAACCCA